GCGUAGAGAAGGUGACUGGGCGGGUCUGUUUGGCUAUAAAUCCUGGACCUUCGGCAUCUCUCCCAAGAGCCUCGGUUGUCCCACGGUCCCGGAAUCACGUGCAAGAAGGACGCAGGCGCGGAGAACCGGAGCAGCAGUGCGGCCGUCGCCCUCCCGGACACCCCGGGUCUGAAACAGUCCAGACCCUUCAGUGAUUCCGACUGCGGCUGCGCCCUCACCUGAGGACCGAGCCACUGAUGGCCUGGGCCAGGGCCUGGUUCCAGCACCCAGGACUGUGGGUCCCUGUGCUGGCUGUCCUGCUGGGAGCCGGCCAGGCACUCCCCAUCCCGGACUCCAGCCCCCUCCUCCAAUUUGGGGGCCAAGUGAGGCAGCGGUACCUCUACACAGACGAUGCCCAGGAGACAGAGGCCCACCUGGAGAUCAGGGCUGAUGGGUCCGUGGUGGGAUCUGCCCGCAGGAGUCCCGAAAGUCUCUUGGAGCUGAAAGCCCUAAAGCCAGGGGUAAUCCAAAUCUUCGGAGUCAAGACAUCCAGGUUCCUGUGCCAGGGGCCAGAUGGGAGACUGUACGGAUCGCUCCGCUUCGACCCCGAGGCCUGCAGCUUCCGGGAGCUGCUCCUGGAGGAC